AAAUACGUGAAUAAAAAGCGAAAUAGAGGAGAAAAGCAACAGAAAUUCAGACAAGUCGUGAACACAAAAACUGGACAAAUCACAAAAAAUACAACAGGGAAAAAGAAAGGAGCUGAAGAAACUGCAAAUCUUCGUUUAUUUUAGCAAUUCCUCGGAAGCUAGUGUUGCUAAGUUUCAAGGGGAUGGUUUUAUCGAUACGCAUUUUGUUGAUUCUGGAAUCAUACAGGAUAAAUUUGAGCUUGAGAAACUGAUUUGGAUAUAUUUAGGGAUCUCAAUGAUCUUGAAACGGUUUUGGUGUAAACAAAUUUCAAAGCUGAGAGUGACCUUAGUGUAAGUGACGACUUGGUCUGGAUCUCGGAAGCAUCUAAUUCCAGGUUGAGACUUGAUGCGAUUAAGCAAAUGGGUGUUUCAUGAUAUGACUCUCCCUGUUGGAGAUUAUUCAAUUAAUGGACUCACCAGAUCCCAAAGCUCCUGGCUUUGUUGAUUUAGUCAAAUCUUGGAUCCCUAGAAAGACUACCGAGUCCUCCUCCACCACCUCCACGUCACACAUGUCUAGAGAUUUCUGGAUGCCUGACCACAGCUGUCCCGUCUGUUACGAGUGUGAUGCUCAGUUCACUGUUUUCAACCGUAGACAUCACUGCCGCCUCUGUGGUCGUGUUUUCUGUGCCAAAUGCGCUGCCAAUUCUAUCCCGUCUCCGUCUGAUGAAACCAAGGAUAGUCAUGAGGAGUCGUCAUCAGACAGGAGGAUCAGGGUUUGUAAUUACUGCUACAAACAGUGGGAACAGGGGAUAGUUCCGCCUGAUAAAGGAGCUUCUAUUAUUAGCCUUCAUUUUAGUUCUUCCCCUUCUGCUAGUACUACCUCCAAUUGCACCUCCAACAGUAGCAACUGCACCGUUGAUUCAGCUACUGGACCAAAGACGAAUCCUCCAGGUAGCGGUCGUGUCUCUUCAAACAUGGAUAUGCAGAAUGCAUCAUCAUCAUCAUCGCAUAGGAAUCAUUCGUCUCAGGAUCCAGUUGAGUUCUUUGUGAACAGUGGCAGGAGUGAUGGUGAAGCAUAUGAUGAUGACGAUUAUAACUCUGAUUAUGCGCAAUCUUACUCUCAAGGAAAUGACUACUAUGGUGCCAUCAGUCUCGAUGAAGUUGAUCGUAUCUAUGGGUCGCAUGUAGGUCAUGAUGCUGGAGAAAACAUAGAGUCAAACAUCCCAAGUGUCUUGCCCCCUGAUCAAGAUCUCGACGCAUUGAAUACAGAUACAAUAGAUACACUAAGGCAGCAAGCAGAUGGGUGGAAUGAUGAGAAGGAUGGAAGCCCUCCUUGUGAAGAGGCCUUUGAGUCUGAAGUAGUAGAUUUUGAGAGUGAUGGGCUCUUAUGGCUGCCGCCAGAGCCAGAGAACGAAGAAGAUGAGAGAGAAGGAUUGUUAUCUGAUGACGAAGGUGAUGAAGGUGAUAGAGGUGAUUGGGGGUACCUUCGCCCAUCAAACAGCUUUAAAGAUAAGGAACUCCACUCUAGGGAGAAGUCCGGUGGUGCUAUGAAAAAUGUUGUUGAAGGGCACUUUAGGGCUUUAGUAGCACAACUUUUGGAGGUUGAUAAUCUACCUAUGGUUGACGAAGGCGAUAGAGAGGGCUGGCUUGAUAUAAUUACAUCGUUAUCCUGGGAAGCUGCGACACUUCUCAAGCCAGAUACGAGCAAAAGUGGAGGAAUGGACCCAGGAGGUUAUGUGAAGGUUAAAUGCAUCCCCUGUGGACGUCGAAGUGAGAGUAUGGUGGUGAGAGGAGUUGUUUGCAAGAAAAAUGUGGCUCAUCGGCGAAUGACUUCAAAGAUCGAGAAGCCACGUCUGCUAAUUCUUGGAGGAGCUCUGGAGUAUCAACGAAUAUCUAACCAGUUGUCUAGUUUUGACACUUUGUUGCAACAGGAAAUGGAUCAUUUGAAGAUGGCUGUUGCCAAAAUUGACUCUCAUAACCCCCAAAUUCUCUUGGUGGAGAAGUCUGUGUCGCGGUUUGCGCAGGAAUAUCUUCUUGCUAAGGACAUAUCACUUGUUUUGAAUAUAAAGAGGCCCCUUCUUGAGCGCAUAUCCCGCUGUACUGGAGCGCAGAUUGUCCCUUCGGUUGACCAACUCACAUCACCAAAACUGGGUUAUUGUGACCUGUUCCAUGUGGAAAAGUUUGUCGAGACACAUGGUCAAGGUGUGAAGAAACUGGCAAAGACUUUAAUGUAUUUUGAUGGUUGCCCCAAGCCUUUAGGAUGUACAAUUUUGCUCAAGGGGGCACAUGAAGAUGAACUAAAAAGGGUGAAACAUGUGAUUCAGUAUGGAGUUUUUGCAGCAUAUCACUUGGCUCUUGAGACAUCCUUCCUAGCCGAUGAAGGUGCUUCCCUUCCAGAACUUCCUCUGCAGACACCAAUUACAGUGGCUUUACCUGAUAAACCAUCACCGAUUAACAGAUCAAUAUCCACAAUACCUGGUUUUGCUGCUUCUAGUGCUGAAAAGUCUCCAACUGCUCAGUUGAUGGGUGAGCCACAUAAAGCCAAUGGCGACGUUACUGGUAAUUUCGCUUCUAGUAAGACUCAUUUCCAAGGAAAAUUAGAUGGAAACGACAGGACUGAGCCUUCUAAGCAGAACAUGAGUACUGAUCCAGAAAUGAUCACCUCGAAGGACAAUGGGUUAGUUCCUACUCUAAUACCCAGGCAGCUAUCAUUUCACGCGGAAGGAGCUUCUAUUCAAAAGGAUCAGUGGUCUGUUUUACCCUCUCCCACAGAGCAAGUCACCGAUGGUGCUGACACUAACGAAUCCACAGUAACAGGAGAUCAAAAUUUUAGUAGACAUGAACAGAUGGACUCUUCAAAAGGAGACUUUCUUCCGUCAGCUUCUGACCAUCAAAGCAUAUUGGUUUCAGCAUCAACGAGAUGUGUGUGGAAGGGAUCUGUGUGUGAGCGGGCUCAUCUACUCCGUAUUAAAUACUAUGGGAGCUUUGACAAGCCUUUAGGCCGAUUCUUAAGGGAUAAUCUCUUUGAUCAGGAUCGUUCUUGCCCGUCAUGUGCGAUGCCAGCAGAAGCACACAUUCACAGUUAUAUUCACAGGCAAGGUAGUCUUACAAUAUCUGUUAAGAAACUGCCUGAAUUGCUACCUGGCCAACGCGAAGGAAAAAUUUGGAUGUGGCAUCGGUGCCUGAAAUGUCCUCGGAUUGGUGGCUUUCCUCCUGCCACACGCAGAAUUGUGAUGUCAGAUGCUGCGUGGGGGCUGUCUUUCGGUAAGUUUUUGGAACUGAGCUUCUCGAACCAUGCAGCAGCUAGUCGUGUGGCCAACUGUGGUCACUCCCUUCACAGAGACUGUCUCCGUUUCUAUGGUUUUGGGAAAAUGGUGGCUUGCUUCCGCUAUGCUUCAAUCAAUAUAUUUGCAGUUUCUCUGCCACCAUCAAAACUUGAGUUCAACUGUGAAACCCAGGAUUGGCUCCAAAAGGAAUCUAAAGAGGUGAUUAUUAAAGCCGAGGUCCUUUUUAAUGAGGUUCACGAGGCACUUAGUCAGAUUUCAUCUAAAACAAUGGGUGCAAAUUCCAAGGGCAGCACUUCUGACCAGAUAAGGCUUUCCCUUGAAGAACUUGCAGGACUCCUUGAGCAGCGUAAAAAGGAGUAUAAGGAAUCUUUGCAGCAAAUGUUAAGCGUGUCUAAGGACGGCCAACCUACUAUUGACAUCCUUCUGAUAAAUAAACUUCGAAGACUGAUACUCUUCGAUUCAUAUGCCUGGGAUGAAUGCCUGACAGGGGCGGCUAGUAUGGUGAGAAAUAACUAUUCUGAAGCUCUGAGGAAUCCUGCCACAAAAGUUAUGGGUCGUGACGUCUCCUUAGAUAAGCUUGGUGAUGAAAAAGAAAAGUCGAUAUCAACCAAUGCUGCAAGUAGUAAUGACUCCCUUCCCAGCGAUGCGGAAUAUGAUAAAAGUCUUAAGAAGGGUAAAUCGUUUUCUGAUAUCAGCCGGAAAAGUGGUACUCUUGAAGAUGUAGGCUCAGACAUACCCUCUGAUCGUAGGAUAGAGUCUGAAUCUAGUGAAGGUGGUAAAGAAAACGUUGUGGAGCCUUCGCAGGUGGUUAAAAGAGUACUUUCUGAGAGCCAGUCCCAAGCAACGGACUUAUCUGAUACACUUGAUGCAGCAUGGAUAGGUGAACAAGCUGCCUCGGAGAAUGGUAUUUCUCGUCCGCCUAGCAGAGCUGCUUCAGCAAAUGGGACUCAUAGUUAUGAUUUAAAGCUUUUGGAUUCUGAAAGUGGGCCAACCAAUGAGGAAAAUACAAUGCAAGUUCAGAUGCCUUCUCCUAGUUUUUACUAUUCACUCAACAAGAACUAUUCGCUUAACUCUCGCAAGCAUAUCAUGGCUGAAGACCGGCCUGUCUAUGUUUCUUCAUAUAGAGAGCUUGAAUGGCAAAGUGGUGCAAGGCUGCUACUUCCACUGGGGAUUAAUGACUUGGUACUGCCAGUAUAUGAUGACGAGCCUACUAGCAUCAUAGCGUAUGCCCUUACCUCAUCAGAGUAUAACGCCCAGAUGUCUGGAUCAGAUAAGGCAAGGGAUCGCUUGGAUAGUGGAGGUUCCUUUUCACUUUUUGAUUCUGUGAACCUUCUCUCGUUGAACUCUUUGAGCGAUUUGUCAGUUGAUAUGAGUAGAAGCCUUAGCUCUGCUGAUGAACAAGUUUCACAGCUGCUACAGUCAUCCUUGUAUCUGAAAGAUCUGCAUGCUAGAGUCUCGUUUACAGAUGAGAGUCCUCCUGGGAAAGUGAAGUACUCUGUGACGUGUUACUAUGCGAAGGAGUUUGAGGCCCUAAGGAAGAUCUGCUGUCCCUCGGAAACUGAUUUCAUAAGAUCUCUUGGUCGGUGUAGAAAAUGGGGAGCUCAAGGUGGAAAGAGCAACGUCUUCUUUGCAAAAACCUUGGAUGACCGUUUUAUCAUCAAACAAGUUACAAAGACAGAGCUUGAGUCCUUCAUCAAAUUUGCGCCAGCUUACUUCAAAUACUUGACCGAUUCCAUCUGUACUAAAAGCCCUACAAGCCUUGCAAAGAUCUUGGGAAUCUAUCAGGUCUCAUCUAAACACUUCAAAGGAGGGAAAGAGUUCAAAAUGGAUGUCUUGGUGAUGGAGAAUCUUCUCUUCAAGCGUAACUUCGCUAGACUUUAUGACCUAAAAGGCUCCACUCGUGCCCGUUACAACCCUGAUACAAGUGGUAGCAACACAGUUUUGCUGGACCAGAAUCUGGUGGAAGCAAUGCCCACAUCUCCAAUAUUUGUUGGGAGCAAGGCAAAACGGCUUCUUGAAAGAGCCGUCUGGAAUGAUACAUCGUUUCUUGCUUCAAUUCAUGUAAUGGAUUACUCCUUACUAGUCGGGGUAGAUGAGGAACGAAGCGAACUUGUUCUAGGAACUAUCGACUUCAUGAGGCAGUACACUUGGGACAAACAUCUGGAGACUUGGGUCAAAACUUCAGGGCUACUUGGAGGACCAAAGAAUUCAACUCCCACAGUGAUAUCACCGCAGCAAUACAAGAAACGUUUCAGGAAAGCCAUGACAGCUUAUUUUCUCAUGGUUCCUGACCAAUGGUCACCUGCCACAGUUGUGCCAAGCAACAGUUCUUCAGCAGCAGAUGUGAAGGAUGAAGAAGAGAGAGACGAUCGUCCAGGUGUUAGGUAAAAACUCCUGAAUCAUCAUCUUCUGCAGUUAGCAAAUAUAGCAAGACAUUACACAAUAUUGGGUUUAGUAAUGGCUUCUUCUCUGUUCAAGUUUUAUUUGUUUUUUUUUCUUUUGGAAUGGUCUAUGGGUAAUACCUGUUUAUGUUUUUACCCUUAGCCCUCAAGUGGCCUAUAUGUAGUAGCUCUUUUCAUCGCCUUUGCAUCAGAAGUAAUAAAAGCAAGGUGCAAUUGUAUAUACAAUGCUUCUUUCUUUUAGUUUCUUUGUUACUUUUGUUUAUGACAUUUUGCACAUCAAAAUACUCUUUAAUAUAUCAUCUUAGGGACUUCUUUUCA